AUGAGCGGCGCGGCCCGUCGUCUCCACUCUCGUCUUGGUUCCGCCACCGGAAUCCCGCCGAUCUCCACUCUUGUCUGCUGCCGUUUCUCGCCCCCGGCGACGGAGGUCGCCGACGCGUCACUAAAGGAGGAGGUUGAUUCUUCUUCCCUCAUCGUCCAGGACAGGGACCUCCUCCGCCGCAGCGCGAAAGGCCUCCGCAUCCUCGACCUCAUCGACGGCGGCGCCGUCGUCCCCGACCUCAGCACCUACUCCGAUCUUGUUCGCCUCUGCACCCAUUCCAAGCGGCUAGACGAGGCCAGGCUCGUCCACGCCCAUUUCCUGCGCAGCAACUUCGCUCCCGACCUCUUCUUCGGUAACUCGAUCGUCAACAUGUUCUGCAAGUGCGGCGGCAUGGACGACGCACGGCGGGUGUUCGAUGCAAUGCCCCUGAGGGACAUGGUCACCUGGACGGCUCUCAUCACCGGCUAUGCCCAGAAUGACGGGCCCGAGAAGGCCAUCGCCCUGUUCCCGAAGAUGCUCUCCGCGGGACUGAAGCCAAACCAGUUCACCUGCGCGAGCCUCCUGAAGGCCGCCGGAGCCUUUCCGGAGAACGUUCUCGGCCGCCUGAUCCAUGCGUUCUGCAUCAAGUGCGGCUGCGACUCGAGCGUCUACGUGGGAAGCUCCCUGCUGGACAUGUACGCGCGGCAUGGGAUCACGGAGGAGGCGCGCAUGGUGUUCGAAUCUCUGCCUUCGAAAAAUGAGGUCUCCUGGAAUGCCCUCAUCGCAGGUUUCGCGAGGAAGGGAGACCCGGAGGGUGCCCUCGAGAGCUUCCGGGAGAUGCAGAGGGUUGACCUUGAAGCUUCCCAUUACACAUACUCCAGCAUGUUCAGCGCCUGCGCCCGGAUUGGGUCGCUGGAGCAAGGGAAGUGGGUCCACGCCCACUUGGUGAAGUCUGGCUGCAAGCUCACGGCCUUCCUCGGGAACACCCUGCUCGACAUGUACGCGAAGUCGGGCUCCAUCGAUGAUGCGAAGAAGAUCUUCGAGCGGCUGCAGAGGAGAGACGUCGUCUCCUGGAACUCGAUGCUCGCCGGCUGCGCCCAACAUGGGCUCGGGAGAGAAGCCGUUUGCCGGCUAGAGGACAUGAUCAGGAAUGGAAUCCGGCCUAAUGAGAUCACUUUUCUCUGCGUCCUCACCGCCUGCAGUCGUAGUGGGCUGUUGAACGAAGGGCAGCAUUAUUUCCGGCUGAUGGAGGAGUAUGGGAUCACACCCCAGGUCGAGCACUAUGCGACGAUGGUCGACCUUCUCGGCAGAGCCGGGCUUCUCGAGAGAGCCGAAUGCUUGAUAAGGGAGAUGCCGAUCGCACCGACAGCUGCUGUCUGGGGGGCUCUCCUUGGAGCCUGUAGAAUGCACAGGAAUGUGGAGCUGGGUAAGUACGCCGCCGAACGUACCUUCGAACUCGAUCCUCAUGAUCCCGGCCCUCAUAUGCUUCUGUGCAACUUGUAUGCUUCGACUGGAAGAUGGGAUGAUGUAGCAAAUGUGAGGAAGAAGAUGAAAGAGUUCGGUGUGAAGAAGGAGCCUGCGUGUAGCUGGGUAGAGGUGGAGAAUUCGGUUCAUGUGUUCGUUGCAGACGACGAUUCCCAUCCGCAGAGGGAAGAGAUCCACCGCAUGUGGGAGGAGGUGAAUGAGAAAGUCAAGGAAUUGGGGUACGUCCCCAAUGCAGAUCAUGUGCUUCUGUUCAUGGAUGAACAGGAGAGAGAAAUAAAGCUGCAGAAUCAUAGCGAGAGGAUUGCUCUGGCCUUUGCGCUUCUCAACACUCCCCCAAGCGCACCGAUCCACAUCAAGAAGAACAUACGAGUUUGCGGCGAUUGCCACUCUGCAUUCAAGCUGGUUUCAAAAGCCGUGAACAGGGAGAUUGUUGUUAGGGACACGAACAGGUUCCAUCAUUUCAGCCAUGGAACUUGCUCGUGUGGAGAUUACUGGUGA